UUGCAAAGGCGGCAGCCCAGACGCAAGCCAUGGCGCGGAUCCGCAACACCGCCUCGGUGCUCCUCCUCGUGGCCGCUGCAGCAGCGACGGCCCGAGCGACGGAGAUCACGUUCGACUUCGAGGCCGACUUGGACGGAUGGGCGUCGCUGCGGAGGAGUUGGCACUGGUCGGACCGCGACGGCCUGAGCUCGUCCCUGCCCGCGGAUUGGCGCGACGGCUUUGCGGUCCUGGACCAGGCCUCCAGUGACGAACUGCACUCGCCUCAGAUCCUCAUGCCUGAAGGAGGCAGCGUUAGCAUGACCUUUUACUUGCGGUCGAAGCACGUGGGGUCGAAUACCCUGACGGUCUCCUACUUUGUGGAAGAUGAAAGCUUCCCGCUGCUCGACCUCGGGGACUACUCGCUCCCGAACACCACGGACUGGGUCUCCGUUUCCGCUGACAUACCGCCCACUCCGGCUCCUCUGUCGCUGGAGGUAUUCUGUUUCAAUGGCUAUGAUACGGUGCCUGGAGAAGAUCUUCUUGGCUGUGCUUUGGACCAGAUUGUUGUUCAUAUAAACUGCGAUCAAACGGUGAGUCCGACUGAGGAACCAACAACACCAGGGACGGAAGCGCCAACUGAAGCCACAACCGAGCCGGUAACAGAUACUCCAACAGAGCCAGAGACUGAAGCACCAACAGAAGGUCCAACAGAGCCAGAGACUGAAGCACCAACAGAAGGUCCAACAGAGCCAGAGACUGAAGCACCAACUGAAGGUCCAACAGAACCAGAGACUGAAGCACCAACAGAAGGUCCAACAGAGCCAGAGACUGAAGCACCAACAGAAGGUCCAACAGAGCCAGAAACUGAAGCACCAACAGAGCCAGAAACUGAAGCACCAACAGAAGGCCCAACAGAACCAGAAACAGAUGCUCCAACAGAACCAGAGACUGAAGCACCAACGGAGCCAGAAACUGAAGCACCAACUGAAGAGCCAACAGCACCGCCGAGCACAACAGAGACCCCGGAUGGCCCCCUCGUCUACGCGUUCAACACCGGCGCUGCUGGCUGGACCCUCAGUCACUUGAACGGAGCCACGUGGACCCGCAGGGAGUUUGAUAGCAACGGGCGCCCUGUGAAUGACCCCCCUAAUGGCCCGUGGGUUUUGGAAAUCCAACCUAACGAGGUCCUGGCAGGUACCGUCGUUGCCCAGAGCCCCUUGCUUGAAGCAGUCGACACCACGAUGACCAUGGCUGUCACCUUUUGGAUGGACGGCGCUGAAGACUUCCAGGCUGAGCUGAAAGUCCGACGAAAGACAGACUUCAGCACCUUCGACGUGGACCCCAUCAUGAACCUGGACCCGUUCGGCGACCAGGAGAACCACCGCUGGAUCACGUACCUGGCGACCCUCGACGGCCUGACUCCUGGGCAGUCCUUCAACGUCAUUCUGGAGGGCUCCUUGGGCGGGCACCCCAACAACUCGGUGGCGGUGGACAUGGUGGAGAUCCGGGGCGUCCGGGAGGCCACCCUCGGCCACUCGUCCUUCUUCGACUUCGAGAACGGCCUCCGAGGCUGGUCGUCCGGCAACCUGGAGGGCGGGCGGUGGCUCCUGCAGGCCUGGAGCGAGCUGGACCCCUCGGUGGGCGUCCCGCGGCCCUCCGACGGGGAGAACUUCCUCCUCGUGGAGCGCUUCGACAUCCACUCGGGCGUGAUCACAGUGGAGUCCCCCGUGUUGACGCUGACCCCCGGCGCCAAGCAAACACUGGAGCUCAAAUUCUGGACUCGUGGGUCAGUGGUGUACCCUGCUACGCUGAGGAUUCGCAAGAAGACUCCAGACGGCCGCUACGACGCCCUGCCCUUCCUCAACCUCCGUAACUACGGGGACAUAGACAACACCCACUGGAUCAGCUUCAGCCGCCAGUACCUCAUUCCCGGGGACACCGACGAAGCGUCCUAUCAGCUGGUGAUCGAGGCCGACUUGGGAAGCGACCUGGACAACCUGAUAGCUCUGGACGACCUCAAGAUAACGACCGAGCUCGCGGCCCCCGCAGGAAGGUCGUAAGAGGGUCGUGAGCAUGAAGGCGAAGGAGAGGUCGUCUUCUUUGCACUUUCUCUUGUUUGGGAUGAAAUAAAGGAUUCUUAUUUUUGUACAGGGUUCUUACA